GCAGCGCUGUAUGGAUGCGAACGGACGGUCGGGCUCUUGUCGGUGUUCGUCGAAUAUGCGUUCACGUCUCACCACGAUACCUGGCAUAGCUGGGUGAAGCCAAGCGAGCCCCGAUGCUGCAUGGUGCAUUGCUCAAGUGUGUGCUCUGAUCGCGGCGCCCUUGGCGGCUCUCCCGCCUUUGCACCCGUGCCAGCGGAGAAGGCACACAUUUUUGGAGCCGCCGGCGUAACCCAAGCGGAAACUUGGUGCUUGUGGUGGCGAAACCCUCCAAGUGGUGCUGUGUGCACUCGGUGAUGUGUGCAAAGAAGCGGUGAUGCGUGCGAUAGCAGUGGUGGCGAUAAGGCGAUAGAUCGCUGGUGACGUCGCUCUUCCAAGGCGAGGUGCCCCCUUGGAAGCGAUGGGGGGCUGCUGCUGUCACCGGGCUGAGCUUGGGCGCAGGGGCCGGCUGCUGCUCAUGUUCGGCAUGACGACAGCAUUCUUCCUGGUCGAGAUCAUCGUCGGCUACGUCACCAACUCCAUGGCCCUGGUGGCCGACUCCUUCCACAUGCUCUCGGAUGUCAUCUCGCUAGUCAUCGCCUUUCUCUCCAUCAAGAUGUCUCCCAAGAAAUGGUCCAAGAACACGUUUGGCUGGGCUCGUGCCGAGGUUCUGGGGGCGUUAGUGAAUGCGGUGUUCCUCGUGGCCCUGUGCUUCUCCAUUCUUGUGGAGAGCCUCAAGCGCUUCUACAAGCCCGAGGUCAUUGAUGAGCCUAAGCUCAUCCUUUAUGUCGGUAUUGCUGGCCUCAUCGUCAACAUGAUUGGCCUGUGCCUAUUUCGUGAGCACGGCCACAGCCACAGCCGGGGCCACCACCACAGCCUGCCCACAGUGGAGGAGGUUGUGCUUCAAGGCUUGGAGGAAGACAUCAAUGACAACCGAUUCCGCAUCGGGGCUGACGCUUCCGGCCGUGACACAGCACCGUCAUCGACAGGUGGCCAGCUCAACAUCCGCGGAGUCUACCUCCACAUCCUGGCUGAUGCCCUGGGCUCGGUGGUAGUCAUCAUCAGCUCACUGGUCAUCUGGCUCACCACCUGGGAGCAGCGGUACUACGUCGAUCCUGCCCUCAGCCUCGUCAUGGUGUGCCUCAUCAUGAAGUCUACAUCUCCUUUGUUGGUGGACUCUGCGCUGAUCCUGCUGCAGACUGUGCCGACGCACAUCCAGAUUGACUCGCUUCAGAAGAAGCUGCUGCAGGAGGUGGAAGGGGUGCUGGCUGUGCACGAGUUCCACGUGUGGCAGCUGGCCGGUGAGCGCAUCAUUGCUUCAGCCCACAUCCGCUGCAAGAACCUCCAAGACUACAUGCAAAUCGCCGAGCGCGUCAAGGAGUUCUUCCACAACGAAGGCAUCCACUCCACCACCAUCCAGCCCGAGUUUGUCCAGCUCGAGGGACAGCAGAGUGAUGACAAAGACUGUGUCCUGGACUGUCCAAGCCGUACCAACUGUGUGGCCCAGACCUGCUGUGGACCCCGAGGCAAAGAGGGCGUUAACACACCCGAUGCACCAGCGCCUACUGAUGGAACUGUGUUGCGUCAGCGGCCUACAACUGAACUCAGUACUCCUGCUUGAAGGCUUUUGAUAAUUGUCAGUGCAGGACUGAUCUGCCGUCGGUGUGCACAUUUUGACAAAUGGGCGACAUGUGGAGCAACUCUUCCUGCCGCAGUCGUUGACCAAGCACAGGCCGCCAGAUGGAGAAAGGCUGUUGUUGCUGUGAAUUGGUUUUUGCUAUGCAAGACUGGUUGCAAGCCAGAGUGGCACCACAAAGUACAGAUGGCCAAGCCUUCAACUGUGAUGAGUAGUGCAACUUUUAUGAGAAGGUUGUGAACUAGGAACGAUGCCUGCCACCAAAGAGUGUGUCAGUCUGAAGGCACCAAAUAAAAGUGAAGCCAUGCUG